CUCAUCACCAUGACAAUAACAUUCCUAGUCUUCAACUGAUGAAUCGACCGACGUCACGUGACAGUCUAGGUCAAAGUGUAGAUAAACAUGGUGAGUGGGACUUCGUGUGGCAAGAUAUGAAAUUCACCUGAGGUCACACGAUUAAUUAUACAACGAUUUGGACUCGUUCCUCUAUUGACAAGUCACCCGUUCUGUGCUGCCAGGACCACGCUACACUGACUCAACCACCUACAGCCAUGGGGAUUACACACAAGCCUCACGAUGCAGCCUAUCGGCCAAACCCAGUACAGGGAUACGCAUAACAGACCAUCGGAUAGCCGUUCAACUCUUACAACGAGUACGUGAACGAACAUGAGCUCAUCUUUCAUAAACGAUAUCGACAACCUGUUAACAUUCCUGCAGAGUGAUGGUAACACCACACAGGUCAACAGGACACAAUGCAUCUCCAAAGUGGACCACUUCAAGUUUUAUCAGUACACGAUUAUCCCAGCCGUACUGAUCAGUCUGGCCUUCUCCAUGCUGAAGACGAGAAGACGGAAGUUUUUGGACUUUCUCUAUGGCCGACCAGCCCUGGUUCACCCAAUGGACGCAUUGACAACAUCUGCCAGCAUUUCCUAUGUUGCUGCAUUCGGAGCAACCAUCUUCCUUAUAUAUGAAGUUAUAUUUGAACAAAAGUUUGCCUUCAGAUAUGAUGGACCUCUCGCCUUGAAAACACUGAUCGUGAUAGUAUCUAUGAUAUGGUACGGCUUUGUCUACUUUCCUGUCUUCGCUUCAUUGGCCGUAAAGUCAAUCUUCAGCUACGGCCUUGGGGCCUUGUACGUGUGGGUCAUCACCGCCAUAGAGUUCUACAAGGCCGCUGAGUGUGACGUCAGAUGGGAGAGUCGCAUGCUAGCAGUGGGCCGGAACAUCCCGCACCUUCUCUGUCUGGUAUAUCUCAGCGUCAUCCUACCGAUCAGGUUUGCCUAUGCCCUUAAAAAUAAGAAGUAUUUCGUGGCGGAGGAAACCGAUCUUGAUGUUCCCCAAACUCUGAGUUACAUCCGGGACUCUUACCAGGGGGUGCACGUCCGGAAACUCUUGAAGAAACCCGCACCGAAACCUCCGCCACCGGAAACAAUCAAAGACAAAAUCAAAGCCGGGCUCCUUGCUGCCAUACACGGAGUACUCUAUAAAAACGAACCAGGGUUCCGGUAUUCGACCCGUAUCCUGUCUGUUCUCAUGGUCGGCGUGUUUCUCCUGUACGUGAUCACCUUCGAGGUGCUUGGUUUCUUCAUAACGUUUUUUGACAUCUUCAUCGCCUAUGCCGACGCAUAUUUCGCUGCCUAUGACUUCAAGCCAACAGGACGUGAACAGUUCAAUGUGCACGAAGUCCAGACGUGGGUGUUGGUGGGCUACUAUUUGCUGACCGCACUGAAACAGAGUUUGAUCGUAUCGACGGUGUUAGCGGUUGUGGUCGGGCUUGUGAUGAUCUUACACAUGCUUUCAUCCUACAGAACCAACCUGCUGGCGUUAUAUCGAGGUGAUCACAGCCACAUCCCCUCAAGGAAGGAGAGGAGUAACGCCAGCCUCAUGCUGGGGUGUAUGCGGUUUGCAGGGUACCAGGUGGGAUACAUCGCAUGGGGGUUCAUAAUCCAGUUAACUAUCUUCUUCCUCCUCUGUUUGACAAUAUCCGUCAUCGUUAUACUUGUUCGGGGCGGCGUGUCAAGUUGGCUUGUUAACCGGUUAUUACAAAUAUGGCCGAUUGUUGUGUGGACAGUAGUGCUGAACGUCCUCCAGCUGCUUUUGGCCAAGUUCCUCUUCGCACAGGGACGCGGGAAUACGCUGUAUAUAGACAACAGGCGGUUCUUCUUCAUCUUCACGUACUUCAUGUUCUUCUUCAACAUCUUCCUCGGCCUCGUGUCCUGCCUCAUGAGGAUCAUCAAGGCCAUCGUCCUGGGGGCCUUGUUCAUGCCACGCCUCGACCACAGCACCUUGUCCCAGAGAUUCCAGUUCUUCGAUCCUGGUUUUGCGGCGUAUGUAGGCUACAUGCACGUGGAGAACCAACACACACACCCGGUGAUGAUUGUAUUCAUCCGCCUCAUGUUGAUGAACCUGCACUUCCGGAAUCUGGGCGAGAGUAAAUCCGUCGACCUGAAUGGUUCCAUGGGAGCAGGUGAUGAGGAAGACAGCAUCCAGGGCAUCAGUAUACAAAUGAAAGGACACGAAGCCGAUUUGGAGGCGAAACAAGAAGCCAAACGACGUAAAUAUAAAGCCACCUUCAACUGGGCCGUGUUCUACACCCUCAUCAACAACCCCCAGAUCAGGGUGUACCGGAAGGGCUACAUCCAGAGCAGGAUAAAGGCGGUGGAGGAGGGGAGACGGAUUCCAGUCAGUGAUCUUCCAGUGGUCGAUCUCUCCAGACUUGACACCUCGAGUGACACCGACGAUAACAGCAACGACAAAGACAAAACAAACGGCAUCUACAAUGUCAAAGGAGAACGGAUAAAUGUUAAAUCUGAAGCUCAUAUCGUGUGACAAAAUUAUAUCAGCUGAAGUGAUUACUUCGUGAUGGUGCUGGGUGACGUUUGUCAAGCUCUAUUUCCAUCGAUAUUUUAUGGUUGUAAAACCAACUUCAAGACGUCAGUUAAUGGUCGGAACGGGUGAACAAAAGGUGAACAAAAGGACAUUCAUCACCUGCCUUUUUGUAUAUCUACACAUGUGCUGGCAAGUGUGUGGCUGUUGUGUAUAAGAUGCUGUGACGUCAAAAUGAACAGAGAUCGCAGUAGGGGGCAGAGUCCCAUUGGACAACAUGUAUGUCAUGUACAAAGAUAAUUCAUGAUAUUUUUUUAAUAAAUUAUAUAUCACACAGAG